GUGGCUUAGCAUGCAAAACUAUGGGCAUAUUUCUUCUAUAUAGGCCACGAACUGUCAGAACAUAGUCUUUCCAGUUUCAUCUUUGCUAGAUCUAAUCACCAAACUCCCCCAACGUCUCCCUUUGUGUCUUGGAAGGAUGGCCGAGCAAGUCCCAUAUGGCGUGGCUACAAGUCUCAUCAACACUUUGGCUUCAGCAGCCUUCAGGGAGGUUGCUUCCAUUUAUGGGGUUGAGACUGAGAUUGAAUGGCUGAAGGAAACUGUUAAAGACAUCAAAGCCGUGCUUGCUGAUGCUGACCAAAAGCAGCACACUGCGCAACUCAUCCAGCGCUGGAUAACGAAGCUAAGACAAGUCCUUUACGAAGCAGAUGACUUGCUUGAUGAGAUCCACACUCAACAUUUGCUGCGCGAGAGGGAUGGAAAGGGAAAGGUACGUGACUUCUUCUCGUCCUCCAACCCAAUUGCUUUUCGCCGCAAAAUUGCAAGGAAGAUUAGAAAAAUCAGAGGGAAAUUUAAUGGUGUUGUUGAAACUAUGUCUAAGUUGAAUUUAGAUCGAAGAGAUGUUGAAACGAAGCAUGAAAGGAGGAACUGGAGGGAAACUAGUUCUUUUGUGCUCCAAGAGGAGAUGGUUGGUAGGGAGGGAAACAAGAAGGACAUAAUUGAUUUGUUGUUGAAUGAUGAUAAUAGCCAUCAAAAUGUUUCCUUGGUUGCUAUUGUCGGCAUUGGGGGUUUGGGUAAAACUGCCCUUGCGCAAUUGGUGUACAAUGAUACUGACGUGGAGUGUUCUUUCGACAAGCGAAUGUGGGUGUGUGUUUCUGAAGACUCCAAUGUAAAUGCGCUUGUUAAGCAGAUACUCGAAUCAUUACUUGGCAAAAAACAAGACGAUCAAUCAUUAGAACUACUUCAAAAUGAGCUUCAACAAAAUUUAGCUGGCCAAAAAUUUGUGCUAGUUUUAGAUGAUAUUUGGGAUGAUUUUCCCGUAAAGUGGGAAGAGUUAAGGAAGUUUUUGGCGCGUGGUGCUAAGGGUAGUAAGAUUUUGUUGACUACACGCAAUCAGGCGGUAGCCAGUAAAAUGGGUGUAAAAACGCCAUAUCUUUUGGAAGGACUGACAAAUGACCAAUCUUGGACUCUGUUGAAAAGAUUGGCAUUUGAGGAAGAUAAAAUAAUGACCGAAAAUAUGGAGUCUAUUGGCCAAAAAAUUGCAGAAAAAUGUAAGGGUGUUCCGCUGUUAAUAAGAGUAAUGGGGAGUUUGUUGCGCUCAAAAGCGCAGGAAAGUGAUUGGGAAGCUAUUUUGGAAGGUGACUUUUGGAAGUUAUGUGAAGACAAUAAUUCACUUAUGCCAAUAUUGAAGUUAAGUUAUGACAGUUUGGCAGUUGAAUUAAAACAGUGUUUUGCUUAUUGUUCUUCAUAUCCAAAAGAUUGGAAAUAUAAGAAGGAUACAUUGAUUGAUUUGUGGAUGGCACAAGGCUUCCUUGAAAGUGAAGUUGAGAAACGAUGUCCAGAAGAUGUUGGCGAAGACUAUGUCCAUAUUUUGUUGAAGAAGUCUUUCUUGCAAGAUGUCAAGAUGGAUGAAUUAGGUGAAAUCAAAUCUUUUAAAAUGCAUGAUUUGAUGCAUGACUUGUCCCGAUCAAUUAUUAGCUCUGAUGAUUGUCUAUAUGUUGAGGGGAGACAAAAUGUCGUGAGGUGUACUAUACAUGCUUCUCCUAAAGAAUAUAACUUUGAUAGUUCACAAGAUUUGCAGGGUUUCGGUAGAUCGAGAACCGCUCUCAAAACAAAGAGAGAAUAUGAAAAGACUUCAUCCGAUUCUUUUGUGUUCACGCGCUUGCGUAGUCUAGAUUUGUCACACCAUCACAAGAGUGAUUUGCUUGAAUCAAUAGGUAAAAUGAGCCAUCUGAGGUAUCUUAAUCUCUCUCAUUGUUCUCAAUUGACUUGUUUGCCUGAAAGUAUAAGCAACUUGGUCAAUCUGCAGACAUUGAGAUUGAAGUGGUGUGAUAAUCUUAAAUUUUCUGGGGAUAUUAUCACAAAGUUAAUAAACUUGCGUCGAUUUGAUAUAGAACGUUGCGAGGCCUUUGAAGAUGGGAUGCCCAUUGGGUUGGGCAGAAUGACGACUCUGCAAAAUUUGUCACAUUUCAUAGUGGGUGAUGAUGAUGAGAAGAGAAAGAAGGCCAAAUUGAAUGACUUAAAAGAACUUAAUCUCAGAGGUAGAUUAACAAUUGAGAAACUUGGUUUAGUGAGGAAUGUAGAGGAGGAGUCCAAGGGUGUUAAUUUGAGAACAAAGAAAAACCUCAUUUCCUUGACCCUGAGGUGGGGACAAUAUUCAAAGAUGAAAGAUCGUGAUGCCACGCAGUUGUUGGAAAAUCUUCACCCUCAUCGAAAUUUGAAGGCAUUGACAAUAGCAGAGUAUCCAGGGAUAUGCUUUUCCGAUUGGCUUUUGUCAUGUGCAAAUCUUGUUGAAUUGAGGUUCAGUGACAUCUACAAUUGUCAGUAUUUGGCAGCGUUGGAAGGGCUUGUUUCUCUCAAGACUCUUCACAUAAUGGGGAUGGAUAAAUUGGAGUGCAUAUAUUAUAAAGAAUGUUCCUCAUCAACUAACUUCUUCCCAUCUUUGGAGGAAUUAAACAUUCUGAGGUGUGGAAGGUUGCCCAAACCUAAACUACAUGCCUCCUUUUCCAAAUCUCGUGAGGUGGUUGGGAUUAAGAUAUUGUGGCGCAAAGCCAUUGCUGGACACAUUAAAUGUGAAAACACAGUUUGCUGA